CUAAUAAGCUCAUCCUCAUGCGGAAGUGGAGCUCCAACAUUAGUGGGAGGGGUAUUUCUCUGAAGCGAGAACGUUACAGACAAAAACUUGAUUUAGAUCUACAUCAUGAUUCGCUUCAUCCUGAUUCAAAAUCGAGCUGGUAAAACUCGUCUCGCUAAGUGGUACAUGCACUUUGAUGAUGAUGAGAAGCAGAAACUGAUUGAAGAGGUCCAUGCUGUGGUGACAGUCAGAGACACAAAACACACUAACUUUGUAGAGUUUCGAAAUUUCAAGAUUGUGUAUCGUCGUUAUGCUGGCCUGUACUUUUGCAUCUGUGUGGAUGUGAAUGACAACAACCUGGUGUACCUGGAGGCUAUACACAACUUUGUUGAAGUGCUGAAUGAGUUUUUCCACAAUGUCUGUGAGCUGGACCUCGUGUUUAAUUUUUACAAGGUGUACAGUGUGGUGGACGAGAUGUUCCUGGCAGGAGAGAUCCGAGAAACGAGCCAGACCAAAGUCUUGAAAGAGCUGCUGAUGUUAUCAUCAUUAGAAUGAGACCUGUAUUCAUGUGUAUAGUGCAAUAUGAACAUGGACUGUCAUCCUAUAUCAUGGUAUGAGUACAAGCUGCUUGUCACUGUUUUGUGUCUGAAUGUAGAAUGUAGGUGGGAUGCCUGUAAUUAUUGUGAGGAGUGUCAGAGGUUGCAAGAUGAUUUGUUUUAUUUUUGCUCUUGCAUUCUGUGAACAUCAUUUUUUAACAUGGUACUAUGACAUGGGUCCCCAGGCCUUUCUUCUUCAACAAGCAUACUAUUCCAUGUUAGUUUCCUUGAAACUUAAUUGUUAUAUUAUCUUCUGUUGAGACCUCUUCACCAGGACCACUUCUGCUUGCCAAGAAAUUUUUUGAAUUACUGCCAUGUCUCAAUAAAACUCAUUUGUGAUAGCAUGGCGUAUAGGCAAAUUAUAUCAUAUCCUUUUCAGGAGGAAAAAUAUGGAAGUCUUGCUUUUUAACUUCUCUGGAUACAUGUAAGAGCUUAUAUGAAGGAGACUCAAUAUUCUAAAAACAGGGCUUAGUGUGUAAUGAAAACUUGAAUUACAUUUAUUCAAAAUUCAUGCAGGACUGUUAUCAUUCCUCUUGGCACCAACCUUCUUUACUAGUUCAAUUUUAUACAUCACAAAAACAUACAAGAGGAAAAUUACUGCUGGACUGUAUGCCCUCUUUGUGUGAACCUGAAAAUUAUUGAGUAGUCUAUCUUGUUUUAUUAUAAGCAAAGUGUUGUCGUAUCUUUUCUUGUUCACUUUGCUUGAAUGAACCUAUUGCAUUCCAGUGUCGGCUGAAUAUAUGUGAAUUGUAUCUUAUGACUGGUAAGAUAAAAAAGAGAUUUCUUUAUGCAAAGAGGUCUGGAUGUUUUGGAGACUGCAGCUUGAUGUGUAACUCAUCAAUGUUCAACAUUGAAUGUGUUUAGUUUAACUCUGUGGUUUCUCCAAACACAAGUUUGUGUAGCUCAGCUCAGUAGAUCAGUUGUUGCUGUGUAAGGAACAUGGUCCAUUCACUACAUGUAUAUAUAUAUCUUGAUCGUACUAUCGUUGAGCGAGUGGUGAUUUUGAUGUUCAGGUUGUAUGCCGAUACAUGUGUUUGGGUCAUCGUUUUUCUCUGUUCUCUCUAAAUUUACAAUGAUUUAGUGACUUAUUAAUCCUCCACUGACUGUUCUGACCCAGUACAAGUUAGUUAGAAAUGUGCACCUUUGGCUAGAAUAUCACGUCAAGAUUUUUUUGGUUCAUUGUUUCUUUUUUUUUUUCUGUUCACUAGAACAGUAAAAACCAGGAUGUGGUAGAGUCGUAACAUUCUAACCCGGUCUAGUUAUAGGAAUGAACAGGAAAACGGAUGUUUCAAAUUAAAUUUUCUAUCUUUUCUGUUUCCUCCCUGUGGUCUUACUAAUCUUAACUUUUUAUGGUCCAAGAUUUGCGCGGAAGAAUUGUGAAUGUGAAUCGAUUUGAUAAUGUGAUAUAUCCUUGGCUCUGUACUGUUGACUAUUAUCACUUGUCCUCUCCACUUUGUAAAAGAAGCCCUAAUGUAGAAGUUUCUCCUGAUAAAUUUUAUUUCGUUUUCCUUUCCCUGUAGUGCAUAUCUAUCCUGUUUUCUUUCAUCUAUUUACUUAUGAGCAAGUUGCAUUUAUCUCUAAAAUUAUCUUUUUUUUUUCUCUUACAACACAGGACAUAUGUCGGCAUAUUGGGUUUAGUGCUUGCCGAAAAAGCAGUAACCUUUGAUUUGUCAGGUGCCACCCAUGAAGCUUGAUUGAAAUUUGUAGAACAAAACUUUGAUGCCUUUAUUUCUUAUUGUAUCUUGAAAUUAACAGAUGAGCUAAAAGAAAGUGUGAAUAGGAAACUAUCAGAUUUAUUGGAUUUUGAUUUUCACAACAUGGUGUUUUAUCAAAUUUCCUUUCUGCUUUGCUGCAUCGUUUGUAUCUCUUUGGAAACUCACCUGUCAAUAUAACUACCCACAAAAAAAACCCCAAGCAAUACUACUACCCAAGUACUGCAAGUUCCUUUGCAUUACAUUUCCUGAUGAAGGGGAACAGUUAACUGUUUAAUACAAUGUUACUUUUCCUUUCAAUUUCAAUUCUUUUAUCUGUGUGUCUGUUAGUCCAUUAUCUUCAUCUUUCAUCUGAAUAUCAAGUCAUGAAGGUUCAGGGUUUGUGUGAACCCGUGUAGCUUUCAAAACCCAUUGUGUAUGCAUUACAUUUUGUGUUAGAUGAUCAUAGCUUACAUGAGCAUUUUUGUUGUGUAGAUUAUGAAAUUUAGCCACAUUAAAAUAAAUAGAAAUCUCAUAAAUUC